AAGGUGAAGAUGUACCUAAAUCUGGCAAGGCUAUGCAUGACGGAGAACUACUUCACAUUUCGUGGCAACUACUACAAACAGACGAAAGGAGCACCGAUGGGAAAUCCGCUAUCACCGUUUUUGUGCGAACUGUUCAUGGCGAAUCUGGAGAACAACCUACAAGAACAAGGAAUACUACCCGAGAAGUGGUGGAGAUACGUUGACGACAUUUUCAGCAUCAUCAACCGAAAGGAUCUACCCAGGAUUUUGGAAGCGAUAAACAACGUGCAUAAGGACAUCAAAUUUACCUUCGAGGAGGAAAAAGAAGGAAGCCCACGAACACCAUGAGAGUCAUCCC